CACAGCCGGACGUCUCUGGACGCAGCAGGAGUUUUGAAAGGAACAGAAUGGAGUUGGGAAAAGGAAAACUCCUGAGAAGUGGCCUGAAUGCCCUCUACCAAGCUAUCCAUCCAGUGCACGGUUUGGCCUGGACAGACGGUCGGCAAGUCGUGUUGACAGCUUUACACCACAAUAAUGAAGAGCCGAAAUUUGGCAACUCUAUUGUUGUUGGACAGUUUGAACAUGUGCAUGGCCUUUACUGGGGGCCGUUCCUGGGGAAUGAUACUCCUGCCCUGCUGGCUGUCCAGCACAAGAAGCACGUCACUGUUUGGCAACUGUGUUACAGCCCCUUGGACAAGAACAAACUAGUUGUUUCACAGACCUGUGAGAUCGGAGAUCCGUUUCCUGUCCUGCCACAGGGCUGCACAUGGCAUCCCAGCAAAGAUAUCUUAGUUGUCCUAACUAAACGGGACGUGUCGGUCUUGUACGCUGUACGUUAUGAGAAUACCAGCAUUAAAGCGGACGUUAAAAGUAGCGGCCUUAUUCACUGCGCUUGUUGGACUAAGGAUGGAAGUCGCUUAGUCGUAGCUAUUGGUAGUGCUCUUCAUUCCUACAUAUGGGAUAGCAAGCAGAAAUCUUUAAACGCAUGUGCGUUUUGUCCGGUGUUUGAUAUUGGAGGCUACAUUUGCGCUAUUGAGUCAACAGUCGAUUCACAAGUCGCAGUGUCCACAGAACUUCCUCUAGAUCGGAUCUGCGCUUUAAAUGCAGGUAUUGCUUUCGACGUGCCAGCCUCUUCUGAGAUAACCAUCUCUAGUCAACCAGGUUUAUUACUGAUGGAAGAAGAAUUCUCUAUGGAUGUUGUCCAAAAGUCAGCCGACUCUGGAUCUCUGACAACAGACUCUUUGGCAACAUCGCCUGCUACUUUGGAUCUCACCCACAUUGUAAAUCACUCCAAAGCAGACUUAAAUUCCCUUCUUAACAUGAAGAAAAAGGAUUAUCUCACCGGUAGUGGGCAGGAUUCAUCGCAUUUGAUCUUAGUGAACUUUGAGAAGAAAGUGACCACCACUCGGAGAGUUAGCAUUCCUGGUAUUUUAGUUCCAGACAUAUUAGCAUUUGACCCCACGGCACAUAUCGUUGCUGUUGCUUCGAACACAUGCAGUGCUGUUUUGGUGUAUUCCCUCACAUCUUCCAGCGUGCCUAAUAUUCAACAAAUUCUGCUAGAGAAGAACGAGAGGCCGAAAGGGUUGUGUUUUCUGACUGAUAAGAUGUUGCUUGUGUUAGUAGGAAGGCAGAAGACCAGUGACCCAGCUUUCCUGCCUUCCUCUAGCUCGGACAAAUACCUAAUCCGUUUGAUGGUAAAAGAAGUGAUGUUUGAUGAGGAUUCUUCUGCCUCCUCCGGUGGGAAUACUAGUGUACAGGCUAGCUUUGACUCUUCUAUGAGCAUACAAGACAAGAAGAAAUUGGUAGAGUCUCUGUACAAGGAAGGUCAGUCUGCUCACCGCGAGAUACUGUUACCCGGUGGUGUGGCUCCACCGACUUAUUUGCGGAAGAAGAAAUUGAUAGAAGAAAUUAGAAGCUACGACGGUGAUCAGAGUCCAACAUCCAGUGCUAAUGAAUUUGACGAUAAAAGGAGCAAACUAAGAGUGGAAAGCUUAGACACCGAGCCAAAGAAUCGCUCCAUCACCCUUGGUCUUGACAUGGACAAAAAGCCUAAUAGCAGGCCAACGUCGCCAAAAUCUGAGUGCCAAAAGAGCAGCCCACCCAACUUUAUAAAACACGGAGAAAUGUCUCCACAGCAAGAAAUCCUCAGUAUAUCUAGAAAUGUGGAAAGGCUUUGCUGUAAUUUUGCACAUUUGCAGCAGCAUCUCUCAGAGCUGACCGACAUCACAAGGAAUGGCAAAAGGCCUUUGUCGGCAUCGUACCUACCGUGUAGGCAAGCUCCUUAUGUGACAGUGGUGUGCCAGGAUGCCUACCAUCCCGAGGGACCUGCAAUGAAAAGAAGCAUUCUGUUGUGUGAUAACAAGCUGCGCCUGGGUACCAUCCAAGAGCUCUUCGGCCUCUCCUUAAUAGAAAUGCAGUUGGGUCCGUCACUGUGGAUUAUCCUGACAGGAGACAGUGAAGGUUUUAUCCCCUUAACGUUUUUAGCUAAUCAGGAGAUAACCAUCAGAGAUGCCAGGAUUUCCACCACGCACCCCCCACUGAGCAUGGACAGGAAUAACUCCCUGCAGCCUUCCAGCAGUGUUACUUAAUCUACGUGGCACCUUCAGCACGCGUUAUAUCGAAACUAUCCAGCAGCUUCAGGCAACCGGAUGCAACCAUAUCUAAGAUAAAUCAUUUUAACUCCUUUCUUGGAAGUGCCAGGUACAAAGCUCCCAGUUUAUAAGCCAUAAGGAUGGUCGAAGCACUAAUGCAGCCCUUUCCAAUGGAUUCGUGUGCAUGCAGUUAUCUGUGUUACUGUAACAAGGAGGAGGUGAUAAUUACAGUGAUGACAGGGAAAGAACUGCCCUUGACCAUAAACCUGGCCAGUCUGUUAAUCCUGCAUUGCAAGCAAUAAUACGGAGAAAUGGCUAUUUUCUUAAUUAAAUCAGGAACGCAUUCCCAUGAACUUUCCCAGGGGCGCCAUAUGCAGUGGAUUAUUCCCCCCGGAAGCCGUCUGAUAUUAGAAGUUUAGGCUCACUGCAAGUACUUGAAGUUUUCUGUACAGUUUGUAAGUUAUUGUGAUAGUUAUUAAAUGAAGAUGUACCUUUUGUCCUUACAGGUUAUUUAAUGUCUCAGCACUGAUGUACAGUAGCUAUUUAUUAUCUCUGGUGUGUGCCAAUUUGCAGAAUAUUUCUGUUCGGCUGAGGAUAUAUCCAACCUAUAAUAUAUAUACUCUGAGCGGUCUUAAUAAAAGUUUGACUACUGCUUACAGUAGGAUAAACAUGAUACAGGAAUAUGACCCGUUAUCUAGAAGCCCAAUAUCCAGAAAGCUCUGAAUUACAGGAAGGCCAUCUCCCAUAGACUCCAUUAUAAUCAAAUAAUUCAAAUUUUUUUUAAAAAAAAGUAUUUCCUUUUUUUUGUAAUAAUAAAACAAUUUCUUCUAUUUGAUCCCAACUAAGAUAUAAUUAAUCCUUAUUGGAGAAAAAAAAAUCCUAUUGGGUUUAUUUCAUGUUUAAAUCAUCCAAAUGACAGAAAGACCCCUUAUCUAUAAACCCCAGGUCCCGAGCAUUCUGGAUAACAGGUCCUAUACCUGUAAUCAUGUUUAGGUUGCAUAGAUAAAGUUAAAUUGAGUGCAGACGUUUUUAGUCAGGUUCAUGUCAAAUGGGACAUGAUGUAAAAAGAAAAUACAGUGUUUAUAGCUAUUGUUUAUGUAUAAAUAAUAUUUAAGAGUAGGGGAUUUUGCACUCCAUUUUUGGGGUUCUAUAUCUAAAAUAUUUUAUAAACUAAAGCCCAACAAAUUAUUUGCUAGAUACUGUGACAGGCCAAAGGCACACAGAUAUAUAACAGCGAAGAUCCAUACCUGCUAAGCCAGAGAUCCCCAACCAGUGGCUCACAUGUUGCUCCCCAACCCCUUCCAUGUUGCUCCCAGUGUCCUCAAAACCGGUUUUUAUUUAUGAAUUUCUGACUUGCAGACAUAAAACCAUGGGUACUGCCAAACAGAGCCUCCUGUAGUCUGUUAGUCCACAUUAGACUACCAAAUAACCAAUCAUAGCCCUUUUUGGGUACCCUCUAGGAACUAUUUUUUAUUUGCUUGUGUUGCUCCCCAACUUUUUUUUAUAUUUUAAUGUUGCCCACAGGUAAAUAAGGGGGACCCCUCCCUGGGCUGCUGUCAGUCAGCUCAGUUUAGGGAGUGACAUACACUAUAUAGAACCAGUAAUUAAGGCUUAAAUUUUGAUCCAGUACUGACCCGCAACACAGCAGUUCAUCAUCUCUUUAAGCGGGAAUGAGCGGUGGGCAGAUUAAUAAUGGGCUAUGAGCCCCAAGCUUAGCUUUUCUGGACCGAGUAACGAAAGCAAGUGGAGUGCUGUAGACACCUGGGUGAGGGCCAGUAUAGAUGGGAAAGAUAUGAGGCUACUUGGGGGUCCAUCUAUAUGGCGUGCCCUGGGCCAAAUAGCAAUGUUGAGUUCUAUAGUAAAGGAUGGAACCAGAAAUAUAGGAAUAAUAAAAGGCACUAAGUUUGCCCAGGAGUAGUAACCCAUAGCAACCAAUUGGCAGGUAGCCUUUGUCAUCUGUUUAAAAUCAAACCUCUGAUUGGUUGCUAUGGGUUAAUGCUCCUAGGCAAAAUUAGUACUUUUUAUAACAUAUUGGGGGUAUGUUGUAUAGGACCUAAGUCCCUGAGAUCCAGCGCCAUUUGCUUCAUUUUGAUUUUGUUUGGUCUUCUGUUCUCCAUUUUGGCAGCUCUUUGGUUCUUAGUCACAGACCAUAGGAACCAGGGAGUGGUUUUAGAGGCUAACUGGGAGAUGAGAGCUAAUAAAAAAUGAUAAUAAAAAUCUAUCCUCGCUGUUAAUAUACUGUGUGGCUGCUACGGUUACUGGCACUGUGAAAAGAAUAUCCUUCAGGACUAACAAUAUUUGAUGAUAUCCUGAUAAAAGCUCCUUUUACUGCCCAUCCCAUUUGUCAUUCCAGUUCAUUUCCUAUCUGGAUUAUUAGGUUACAGAAACAAUGACAAGAAUGUAAUAUUUUUCAAAACCCAAGGGGGUAAGUGAAUGUAAAGCGCUGUGUAACUUGCUGGUACUGUAUAAGUGAAUGAUGAUGAUUUGGUGAUUUUUUUUUUACAGAAAAUGACUUAAGUGAAUUAUUUUGUUUUGUUUGAAAUCAUUCCAUCUUAUCUGUUUUUAUUGAUCUAGAAUUACUAAAACUUAAACUGAAUGUACUGCAAUGGUGAUAAAUAAUAUUGAAUGUAUGGACUGGAACAGAAUGAGCCCAAUGCAGCUGAAUUCUAUUAAAGUUGUGGACAAAAA